AUGGAGCUCACAGGGAGAUAUGUGCUGGCUGAUGGAUUCCGUUUCAUGAGGUGGCUCGACCUGGGUGGCCAUGAGAAGGCCAUGAAGAGGACUGCUAAAAACCUCGACCGGGUGGUGCAACGGUGGUUGGACGAGCACAAAGCUAGGAGGGACUUGGCUAGGGAGGAGGCUACUGGGGUAAAGGGUGAGCAAGACUUCAUGGAUGUUCUGCUAUCUAUCCUUGAAGAUAAUCCGGAGAUCCGUAGUUACGACUCUGAUACCAUCAACAAAAAGCUACUUGCAUGUAAGCCUUCUCGGACCCCGGCAAUGAUUUUGGCUGGCACAGACACUAUAACAAUUACCAUGACAUGGACCCUCUCAUUGCUGCUCAACCACAUGGAAGCCCUGAAGAAUGUCCAACAAGAACUCGACACCCAAAUUGGGAGGGACAGGCUCUACCUAGCGGGGCCCCUAUCUGUCCUCCACGAGGCCAUCGAGGACUGCAAUAUCUCGGGCUAUUUUGUCCCCAAGGGCACCCAGAUAAUGCUGAACCUGUACAAGAUACAUUGUGACACGAGUGUGUGGCCUGACCUGUUCGAGUUCCAGCCUGAGAGGUUCCUGACCGCCCACAAGGAUGUCAAUAUGCCAGGGGAUAAGGCAGUUGACAUGGAGGAAGCUAUUGGGUUGACCAAUAUCAAGGCCACCCCUCUCGAAGUUCUAGUCACUUCUCGGGUUCCCGAACACGUGAUGAAAAGGAGAAGACUGCAAGAAGGGGGAGGAGGCCAUGGGAGGCUGGCAUCGAGCCUUUUGAUCGCUUAUGGCUCCUGA